UGAAGUUUCACUUUCAGGCGGGCCACAGCCACCGGCCAUAUCGGCUACCGGCUUCCAUAGUUCAAUCGCAGCGACGCCGGUAAAUCAAGAAUUAACUUGAAAUUAUUCACCUGGAAAUUGUUCACUUUUAUUCCGUAUGAUACAAGUCCAAUCCGGUCGAAAAGGGUAAUAUGAAUCGGGAAAAUCCGCAAACUAUCGUAGUCACAGCCCACUCCGUCCAAUAAGGCUUCUGACGUUCACUUUGCCGGUCAGAUGUACGACAAACACCCCCUGAACCUCUUACCCCAUUCUCUCCUCUCUUCUCCCUGCGCUUUUCCUCUUCAUCUAGGGUGCAAAUUACAAAUUCUCCGUCCUUCGAAACCCAAUCACCAUCGCCGGAAACGGGCUAUAUGGAGAGCCCCGCCGCGCAGAAAAAGCCCCGGACGAACGCAGGUGGCCGAGAAGAUUGCUGGAGCGAAGGAGCAACGGAGACUCUGGUCGAGGCGUGGGGCGAUCGUUAUAUCAAGCUGAACAGAGGUAACCUUCGUCAGAACGACUGGAAGGAGGUCGCUGACGCCGUUAAUGCUCGCCAGGAUGGCGUUAAGCCCCAGCGGAGUGAUAUUCAGUGCAAGAACCGCGUUGAUACACUGAAGAAGAAGUACAAGCUCGAGAAAUCCAAAUCAUCGCCUUCUACAUGGUCGCUUUACGACCGUCUGGAUUACCUCAUCGGCACUAGCGGUUCUGUACAGCCUUCUUCUUUUAACAGAAAAUCUGCCGCCACCAUGAGCAAAUUUAAGCCUGAACCGUGCCUAAACCCGAACCCUAGAUCCUUAGUUUAUUCCGGUGGUUCAUCGAAGCUCAAUUCCAGUGGCUCCAAUAACAGCUCGCCUGGGGGCGAUGGAGGCGACGGUUACAUGCUCCUUGCUGGUACUGGGAGGAAGCGUAAACAUGAUUAUGCGGAUCUGUCAGAAGAAACUUCGGCAUACAGGGAAUUGGCUCGGGCAAUAUUGAAUUUUGGGGAGAUGUAUGAGAGGAUUGAGAGCUCGAAGCAGCAACAGAUUAUGGAAUUAGAGAAGCAGAGGAUGAAGUUAUCCCAAGAACUUGAGGUCCAGAGGAUGCAUAUGUUUAUGGAAGCUCAGCUGCAGCUCGCUAAAUCAAAACGACCUUCUAAGCAUUCUCCUGCAGGUGACAUUACUGGAUUUUAGUGAAGCAGGUGAAAGUGUGAAACAGAGGAAAUGAAGAUGUAGGGAAGUGUGCCACUGACUGAAAUGAUUGAAUUUCAUAUAGUGGUUUGUAAAUUAUAUAUUCUUGAAGUCAAUAAAAGAUCUCAAGUACUUUCAGACUAGUUUAGUGAAUUUAUUGCAGCCAUGUUUAGUAUAUUUAUAUGUGAUUUGACCAAUACUAACAGCAACUUUGUAAUCUGUUGGGCAGUAAUGACUUGUAAAUCUGUACUUGUAAAUCUGUAAUAAUUCUCGGGAUAUUUAUUAUGUUAUGGUUCGAAAGAAGUGAGAAAUAAACUAUCUAUAAAUAUUCAUUUCCUAGACAGAAAGUUG